UUGUUUGUAUGGGGCUAAAUCAGUGUAAGCGAGAUUGGGUCCAGACACCAUCAUCUCUCUGUCACCCCAACCGGCGCUCAAUCGCGCCCCAGGUCGCGUACGGAGCCGUCCAGGUCAGCAAAACACGAUGAGUCACAUCGGUUCCUGCUGCCGUGUACAGCGCCGUACGUAACAGAGGACACCAUCGAAGGGCCUUCACGGACAUUGCAAUGACAUGACCGUCACGUACACCGGAUGAACGCACAGGCAGGGCGCUGCUCCUGCUUCGUGCACUGCUGCUGUUUGGUCGAGCAAGGCCAGCGGCCACGGCGAAUGAAUGUCUGUUUCCGCCAGCCAUCCACUCACCGUGGCGGCUGCCGGCUUAACAACCAGCAGCAUGGCACUGGAGCACCGAGCAAGUGCCCACAGCAGGUGAUUCCCCACCCACCCCACCCCCACCAAUGGCACUCUCAUUCCACCAUACAGACAGACAGACAUAGGUACAAAUAUGCUACACCCGCGCCACCCAAUCAAUCAAUCAGUCAAUGGGGGCGCCUGCCGCAGGCGACCCAGGACCAUACUCAAUCCACUCGACAUAUACGCCCGCCCCACAUGUGCAUCGAUCGAUUGCACCGAUUGAUUGCAUCGGCGCCAGAGAGAGGGGAGGGAGAAAAAGAGACAGACAAGGCGGCCACGUGCGAUGCGAACCUACGAAAGUUGGGCCUUGAUAAAAGCAACGGACUAAGCAAGACCGGCAGGCAGGCAGGAGGUCGUCAGGCGUUCUUCUUGAGCACUGCCGAGCCGGGCUGCUGCACGCCGUGACUAGCCGCAGCCCUGCAACCAGAAAAACGGCAAAUAAGUGGUCAUGAGUGGGCCUGCGUGUCGGUGUAUGUCUGUAGCUGACCUUCCUGACCGCUUCUCGUCCCUCUCCCACUGCAGGUCGUCCUCCAAAGCCUGACAGACACAUUACAGCAACACACACACGCAGGAACACACAUGGUCAUCUGUGUCUUCUGCCGUGUCGUACUUGGCUGUCCACGUAUUUACCUUUUUGGCUUUGACGUAGUCGUAGUCGUUGAGUGCGAGGUACGAGGCGGCCUCCUUGGUGCUGAUGCUGAAGUAGUCCGCCAACGACUGCACGUGGGUGCACUCUAUCAUCGCCUUCUCAAAGUCUGACGGAUCGACGCGUCACAUCACACACACAGCAAAAGCAGAGGCCCACGAUGCCCAUGUGUCCACGCGCCCUUCUACACACGCACACAAACACACGUACCGAAGUUUGUGUUAGCGAGGUGGUCCCUGGCCAUUUCCUCGUCGCAGCCUGAGGCCUUGACGAGGGCGGCGACUUUGUUGGCGAGCUCGGCGGCGUCGAUGAGCCGCUUGUCCAUCUCGAUGAAGUUGUCGGGCAGCUCCUCACGUGGGAUCAAGAUCUCACUCUUGAACCAUAUCUGCAGCCAACCAGGAGCCACCACACACCCACAAACCAACACACAGACAGUGUGCGGACGGCAGACAAGGGCGGGCGGUGCAUGGCUUGACUGGCUCACCUGGUCGCUGAGGAGGUUGUUGAACCGCUUGAUGUCUACGACUGACACCGAGUACCUAAUGGCCAGAUUGACGAGUGUGUCUGCCCCUGCACCGACACACACACACACAACAGCCAGCCACAUGCAUUCAGCCGACACGCGCACGCUUUGCUGCCCGAUUCGCCGUCGUACCAGUGACUUUGUGUUUGAUGAAGCGGUCGCUGACGGCGUCCUGCGCCGCCACAGGCACCGUUGUGGCAUCAGUAUCACGGAGAGGCACCUGGUCCUCAUCCAACGCGGGAUAUACCGACAUGGCCAAGUCAAAGGGAGAGGAGGUGGAACGAGGAGGUGACGCGUAUUGACAGCACCAGCACAGCUCGACGCCUG